AUGUUUUUAUUUUUUUUAUUAAAUUUUUUAUUCUGUGUCAACUGUCAACUUGGGCUUGAUGAAGGAUCUCCAUGUGUCACGACAGGAUUGAGAGGUGUAUGCGUCAACGUAUUUAAAUGCAAUUCGGCAGCGCUAACUUAUUUAUACGCUAAUGCAGGGUUCGAUUUAAAGGAGUACAAGAUACCAGCUUUACCAGAAAUAUGUUCCUUCAAGGACAAUGAACCUGUAGUCUGCUGCACUGAUUGUGACGUUGGUCAAGAGAGAUACCGUGACGUCGCCAUUGGUCCUCACGGAUAUAUGGUCAAUAAAAAGGGACCCGUGGCUUUAGAGAAAUGCUUCGAGUAUUUCCAAAAGCUACCAUAUGGCUGCCGUUUCCCUGGGUACUUCACUAUAGACAAGACUUGGCUCCAUAAUUCCCAGUGCCACAAUCAUACGUUCCGCACUGGUGGCGUUGGAUUCGCUGUUGGGGGUCGAGAUGCCAAGAGAUGGGAGUUCCCUCAUGUGGCUUUGUUAGGUUACGGAGAUGACGUGGAUUCUGCCCAGUGGCUGUGUGGAGGAUCUGUGAUCAGCGAGAGAUUUAUUCUCACUGCUGCACACUGCUCAUCAACUCGCUUGCUAGGUAGCAUUCAGUACGCCGCACUUGGGCUUUUGAGACGGACGGACCCUAAGGAAAACUGGAAGAUAUACAAAAUUAAGAGGAUUAUCAAUCAUCCUGAAUACAAACCGCCUUCUAAGUACAAUGACAUAGCAUUACUGGAAACUGAAAACGAGAUAGCUUUUGGACAGGACUUACUACCAGCGUGCUUGCAUACAGGCGCCGAUUACAUUAGAUUUGCUGAGGCGUCUGGCUGGGGCCGUUUAGGACAUAGACAGGCUUUGGCGGAUACCUUACAAGUGGUCAAUCUAGAAGAGUUCAAUCAAGCUGAAUGUUCAAAUAUGUACAGACCCCACAGACAUUUGUCUAACGGCUACGAUCACUCCAAGCAAAUGUGUUACGGAUCCCGGUUCGAAGUCAUAGAUACUUGUGAAGGUGAUAGCGGAGGUCCACUUCAAUUUGGUAGUACUUCAUGUUACCACACAGUAAUUGGAGUGACCUCAUACGGCAAAGACUGCGGCAUCCUCGGCUCGGCUGGCAUGUACACCAGGGUCUCUUACUACUUGCCUUGGAUCGAAGGUAUCGUCUGGCCUGAAGAAGUAGAAAAACAAUGUCUAGAUUACUUUCAUAAACUGCCUUAUCCAUGUCGAGGCAAGGGCCUCGUUAGCCUGCAAAAAAAUUGGUCGGAGCCCGAAAAAUGCCACACUACAGUCCUGAAAGUCAACUUAUCUGUUGCUAAACCAAUUCCUGUGGCGUGGAAUUUUCCACAUCAGGCUCGUCUUGGAUAUGGUGAUGAUCUUUCCACAGCUUUGUGGUUAUGUGAAGGAACAGUGAUCAGUGAGAGAUUCAUACUGACAUCUGCGCACUGCACUAACGGCGGGGUAUUCGGCACUAUCGCAUUUGCUUCGGUUGGUGUCUAUAAUUACAAGGAUGGGCCCAUAUAUAGGAACACGUAUACAAUCAAGAAGGUCAUUAACCAUCCAAAUUAUAAUGAGCCUUCGUGGUACAAUAACAUCGCACUCUUGGAGACAGAGACCGAAAUAACGUUCAAUAGUGAAAUCCUACCAGCUUGUUUGGCUGUGGAUGAUCAUGAUAAAUCAAAAGCAGAAACAGCUGGAUUCCAGAUUCAAGGUCAUAAGAAAAAAGUAUUCAAGAUUUCGGAAAUGCAAACGAUAUUUCUAGAUGAAACAGAUUCACAAGAUUGCAACCUCGCAUACAAGCCAACCAACAACAUGAUGCACGGGUUUGAUCCCACGUUACAAUUAUGCUACAAAAAGCAAAAUGCAACACAAGAGACGUGCAAGCGGUUCAGCGGCAGUCCUUUGCAAAUAGACCACUACAGAUGUCAGUACACAGUGAUUGGUGUCACUGGCCACACCGGGGCUUGUGAAAAACCUGACGUGCCUGAAAUCUACACCAAGAUAAGGCACUACCUACCUUGGAUAGAAAGCAUCGUUUGGCCUGGAGAAGACUGA